AUGAAGUUCACAGAUUUCUCGCUAACAAGUUUUGAUUAUGUCGAUUAUAUUUGGGUGCCUAUUUCUGAUGCAGAUGGUUAUACAACAAUCACUGAUCUACAGCUUCCUUCUUAUACCACUUUGAAUGUCGAAAAAAUUGAAGAAGCAAAUACAAAAAUACAUCAUACAUCAAAAAUUAGAGAUAAGAAUUUAACUGUAAAACUUUGUAAACAAUCAAUGAACAAAACAGAUUUUGAAUAUCUUAAUGUAGAUUCAUCGAUAACUAUUGGUCAACUAAAAGAAGAAGCAAGAAAACGAGUCAUAAGUCAAAGAACCAAAUAUUUAUACUUGUGGACAGAAAAUGGUUGGACCAAAUUUGAUACCAAUCUAGAUGAUUUGACUUUAGCUGAGAUGAAAUUUAAUCAAUAUUCAAUGAUUAGCUUUCAAAGACAAGAUGAUCUUGUUCCUGGUCUAUGUGGUCUAACCAAUUUAGGUAAUACAUGUUUUAUGAAUAGUGCUCUUCAAUGUUUAAGUAAUAUUCCUGAAUUCACUCGAAAAAUCUUAUUGUUUGGUAAUGAAAUAAAUGCACCAAUAAUUGGUGCCUAUUCAGCAUUGAUUAAAACAAUGUGGUCAGGUGAACAUAUUGUCACUGUACCAUCGUCUUUAUUAUUGAAUAUUUCUGAGAAUUUACCACGUUUUCGACGAUAUAGACAGCAAGAUGCACAAGAAUUUAUGAACUAUUUUCUAACUAUAAUUCAUCAAGAGUUAACAAACGAAAGAACAUUAAUUACUGAUUUGUUCUAUGGUCAAAUUCAAUCAAGUGUUAAAUGUUUAGGAGGAUGUCAUUUCAUAGAGACCAAUGCAGAAGUAAUUAGUUUUCUUCCGUUACCUGUCGCAAAUGAUAUUGAUCAAUAUGAUAUUCUCUAUCUUCGAAGUAAUGGUGAACAAAAAUUAAUUUCAGUUCAUGUUUGUGCAAGGACGAUCGGCACACUGAUUGAGUCGUUUAUUAAACAACAUGAGCCAAAAUUAUCAUCUACACGAAUCCAAGUUGUUAGAAUAGUGGACAAUAUAAUUAUAGAUAACUACUCAUCUUACACAUUACUAAGUGACACCAUCAAGCAUCAACUAACUUUUAUCGAACUUCCCGAGAAAACUGUUGACCAAAGAUAUGUCGAACUUGCUUUUCUCAGUCACAGAACAUACAAACCAUUUCGACCACCUAUUUUUCUCGUUUGUCCAUCCUACGGUUGUCAUUAUUCUGAUCUAUUCGAACAGAUAAAUCAGAUUCAAAAUUAUCUCUGUUCAGUAACUAAUGCACCGACUUUUGUAUUUCAUCGUUAUUGGAUUAAUGAUAAGGGCACAACUUGCAAUUUCAAAACUGAAACGCAUAAAGACGACACUUCACUAUUGUUCAUGAAUCGAAUUAUUCUCGAAAUGGAUCCUGAAUGGAUUGAAAAAUAUAUAAAUCUAUACAAUAUUGAUCGAUCAUCCAUCAAUUCAUCAUUAAACAGUCUAUUAGCAGAUUUUUUUCGUGAAGAGCCACUCAACGGUGUUUAUUAUUGUUCGAAAUGUCUUGAUCUCAAAACAGCUAGGCAGAAGGCAGAUUUAGUUUUACCAUUACCUCCUGUACUAAUUAUACAGUUAAAACGAUUUACAUAUGACCCUUAUUCCAGCACAAAAAUUGAUACAUACAUCGACUUUCCACUUCGAGAUCUUGAUCUCCAUCCAUAUAUAAUCCAAAAUGAUGGUCAAAAGAAAAAUAUGUCAACAUUGUAUGAUCUUGUAGCGGUAUCUAAUCAUAGAGGUAGUCUUGUUAGUGGACAUUAUAUUACUUAUGCAAGAAAUGAUCGAAAUAAAAACUGGUAUUCAUUUGAUGACGAAACAAUUCGAGAAAUUCUCAAUGAGCAUGAUAUUGUGACAAAAGAUGCUUAUAUUCUUGUAUAUGUUCAACGACCUACUAUGUGA